AAAUGGCGGCAGUGCUUCAGCAGGUGCUGGAACGGACGGAGUUGUCCAGACUUCCAAAAACCGUCCAAAACAAAUUGGAGAAAUACAUUUCAGAUCAGCAAAGUGAAAUCGACAGUCUUAAAGCACACCAUGAACAAUUUCGAGUUGACAGCGAGCAACAAUAUUUUGAGAUUGAGAAGCGAUUCGCUGACAGCCAAGAUCGGUUCGUCUCGCAGACGCAAGAACUCAAAAAGCUCAAAGAAGAUUAUGCUAAGAUCGAGAGCGAGCUGAAAUGUGUGCGCGACAGGAAAAAAGAAUCGGACUUCUCCCAGUCCAAAUUGGAAUGUCAGCAGAGUGAGCUCCAGAAAGCCAAGGAUGAACUGGAGGCCGAGAAGAGGGAACUGGUUCGCACCCUGGAACGGAGGUCCCAGGAGGUGGAGCACCAAAGUGAGGAUGUGAAGAGGCUGAGCACCAAGCUGGUGGAGGUCAGCACCGUCAAGCUGGAGCUGCAGAUGAAGCUGGACGAGCUCGAGUCCUCAGAGGUCUCCAUCAAGUACAAGGAGAAGCGUAUGGAGCAGGAGCGGGAGCUGCUCCAGAACCAGGUGGACUGGCUGAAGUCGGAGCUGAGCUCCAAGAGCGAGGAGCUGCUCGGCCUCUCCCGCCAGAGGGGCAGCGAGGUCCUGGAUCUCAAGUGCAGCGUGGAGAACAAGCAGGACGAGAUCACGAGACUUCAGAACCAAAUUGCCAAUCUCAAAACAUUAAAUGAGAACUUCCAGAAGAGAGCAGAGGACCUGAAUAACAAACUGAAAGAGGUCAAAGAGCUGCAAGGCACAUCUGAGGAGAAGUUCCGGAAUGAGCUCAACGCCAACAUCAAGCUCUGCAACCUCUACAAGAGUGCUGCAGCGGACUCUGAUUCCAAGAGUGAGGAGCUGCGUGGGGCUGUGGAGGAGCUACAGAAGCUGCUCAAGGAGGCCGGAGAAGCCAACAAGGCGCUGGAGGUUCGUCUGGAGGAGCAGGAUGGUGAGAGGGCCAAGGCUGAGGAGAAGCUGAAGGAGAGGAUCGGGGAGCUGGAAAAAGAGCUGGAGAACGCCAACGAGCUUCUUUCUGACGGCAAACUCAGAGGGAGUGCUGGGGCCACAUCAGUGCUGAGUGAGGAGCAGUUGACCACCAUGUCUCCCACGGCUGCAGCCAUCACCAAGAUCAGGCCUGGCAUGAAGCUCACAGAGAUCUACAGUGCCUACAUCGAUGCCCAAGAGGCGCUGCAGCUGGAGCGCAUGGAGAACCGGCGCGUCAACAAGUACCUGGACGACAUCGUUCAGGAGGUGGAGGCCAAGGCGCCCAUCCUCAAGAGGCAGCGCGACGAGCACGAGCGCAUGCAGAAGUCCGUGGCCAGCCUCUCCACCAAGCUGGAGCAGGCCGUCAAGGAGGUGCAUCGUCUGCAGAAGGAGGCUGAUGAGGCCAACAAGAGGUCGUGUGUGCUGGAGCGAGACAACAAGCGCUCAGACCAGCAGCUGUCUGACCUCUCCCACCAGGUGCGUGUGCUGCUGAUUGAGCUGGAGGAGGCACGGGGUAACCACGUGUCGAGGGACGACGAGGACGGCUCAGCCGACGUCAGCAGCUCCUCGGAGGUCAUCUCCCAGCACCUGGUCUCCUUCCGCAGCGUGGAGGAGCUGCAGCAGCAGAACCAGCGCCUCCUGGUGGCUCUCCGAGACCUCGGAGACGCGCAGGAGAGGGACGAGGCCGAGAGCACUGCUAAAAGACACGCUGAGUUGGAGUUGAGUCUGGAGAAGGCCCAGAGUGAGCUGGAGCAGCUGAAGGAGCAGAGGACCAUGCAGAUGCAGAUGGCAGAGUCCAUCGUGCGCCAGAGGGACAUGUACCGCAUGCUGCUGGCUCAGGCUACAGGGACCUCCGCUCCACACCCAGCUGCUGGAGACGACGUGUCCUUGACUUCCACACCUCGCCGCUCCCCUGCAGCCACCCCCACCACGGCCACACCCACCGCCAUCACCCUCCCAGAGUCCACCGAAGCAGUGGAGGCCAAGGCUGCUCUGAAACAGCUGCAGGAGGUGUUUGGGUCCUACAAGAAGGAGCGUUUGGAGAGUGAGCGUGGGCUGACUGAGCAGAAUGAGAAGCUGCAGGAGCAGAUCUCUGAGCUGCGUUCCCAGAACGCCAAGAUCUCCACACAGCUGGAAUUUGCGUCCAAACGGUAUGAGAUGCUGCAGGAUAACGUGGAGGGCUACAGGAAGGAGAUCUCUCUGCUGAGGGAGAACAGCCAGAAGAUGUCUGCCAUGGCCCAGAAGAACGAGCAGGCCGUUGCCACCCUCACACAGGAGCUCAACUCCGCCAACGAGAAGAUCAACAUGGCUGAGUCGCGUACGGAGUCUCUUCGCAAGGAGCGCGAACUCCUGAAGCUGACGGAGACGCGCCUGACGCAGGAGAAGGAGGCCGUCCUCACGCAGCAGCGAGGGCAGAACCUGCUGCUCACCAACCUGCAGGCCAUCAAGACCACUCUGGAGCGCUCUGAGACUGAGACGAGGCAGCACCUGAAUAACCAGAUUGAGAAGCAGGAGCGCGAGAUCAGCCAGUUGCAGAAGAGGCUGGAGCAGGAGGUGGAGCAGAGACACAUCCUCAGCCGCAACAACGACGUGCAGCAGCUAGAGGCGAAGCGUCAGCUGGAGGUGCAGCAGACUCAGCACCAGCGCACGCGGGAGCAGCUCACCACCGCUCAGCUGGAGCUCUCCGCCCUGCGCAUGCAGCAGGGCUCUGGGCUACAGUCACCCAGCCCAUCACCAUCACCCAAAGCCAAAGAGCCUGGCACCCCUGGAGGAGCGGUGCCUGCAAGUGUGAUAGCAGAGCUGGAGGAGCUGCGUGGUCAGCUGCGUCAGGCCAAGAUGGAGGUGGAGGAGCUAAACGAGCGUCUGCAGACCAUCACAGCCAGCAGGGACCAGUACCGCACCAUGAGCCUCGGCCUAGAGGAGUCCUUGGGGAAAGAGAAGGAGGUGACUGCGGCGGCCAAGAGGUCAGUGGAGGCGCGUCUGAAGGCAGCGGAGGAGCAGCGCAAACGUGUGGAGGAGAAACUGGCAGAGGCCGAGCGCCAAAACAAGAACCUGCAGGGAAACAAGACCAGGGCUGUGUCUGCUGUAGAGCAGCAGCUGAAUGAGUUGAAGAGGACUACCGGGGGCAUGAAGGCUGAGCUGGAGAAGGCCCUGGAGAGAGCCAAGACAGCCACCGCUCAGGAGCAGCAGGCCAUCAAGGACAGCAAGGAGCAGGCGCGUCUGGCUGCGGAGGCGCAGGCCAAGUAUGAGCAGGAGGUGCUGCUGCACGCGGCGGACGUGCAGGCCCUUCAGACGGCCAAGAGCGCGGUGCAGCAGGCCGCCACCUCACGCCAGCAGCUGGAGGAGAGCGCCCACCGCGCCAGCGCCCAGCUCCUGGAGGCACGCGUCUCCUGGGAGGAGCAGGAACGCAUGCUCAAGGAGGAGCUGAAGAAGGAGACGUCUCGUGCCGAGGAGAUGCAGAAGCAGAAUGCCCUGCUCCACCAGCAGAUCCAGAGCCUGGGCGACAAGAUGGCCGCCACCGCGCAGCAGACCAGCAACCAGAGCACCUUCAACCUCACCUCCAGCGAGGACAAGUCCCACGAGCAGGUGCUAGAGAUCCUCAAGUUUGUGCGCAAGGAGAAGGAGAUAGCGGAGACGCGCUACGAGAUCGCCCAGGCCGAGAGCCUCCGCCAAAAACUCAGAGUGCAGCAGCUGGAGCACGAGCUCAAGGAGCUGCAGGACAACCUCAGUGCAGAGAGGGAGAAGAUGCAGGUGACCAAGCGUACUCUGGCGCAGCACGACGAUCUGAUGAAGAAGACGGAGACGAUGAACGUGCUGGUGGAGAGCAACAAGCUGCUGAGGGAGGAGAAGGAACGCCUGCAGCGGGAGCUCGAACAGGCGCACGUCAAGGUGCGUAAGAUGGAGCAGGACCUGAUGCCCAUCCAGCAGUCGAACGCUGAGCUGAGUGAGAAGAGCGGCAUGCUGCAGGCCGAGAAGAAACUACUGGAGGAGGACAUCAAACGCUGGAGAGCUCGCACACAGCAUCUGGUGAGCCAGCAGAAGGACACUGACCCAGAAGAGUACAAGCGCCUGCACACGGAGAGAGACGUUCAUGUCAAACGCAUCCAGCAGCUGACUGAGGAGAAUGGCAAGCUCAAAGCAGACAAUUCCAGAACUAGUGGCACGGUGACGUCCCUGCAGUCGCAGUUGAUUGCCCUGCGUGACAACCUGGGCAAGCUGACAGCGGAGCGCGACGGGACCAAGCGCGAACUGGAGGCCAAGAACGCCGACCUGCAGGAGAAGCUCAAGACCAUCACACAGGUCAAGAAGAUCGGCCGCCGCUACAAGACCCAGUACGAGGAGCUCAAGGAGGAACACGACAAGAUGGUGGCAGCAGCAGCAGCUACCCCGGCUCCAGACCCCGAGGCCCUGCAGGCUGUCACCCAGGAACUGCAGAGCACCAAGGACUCCCUCACCCAGAGCCAGACACGCUUCACCCAGAGCCAGGCACGCACCACCCAGCUGGAGGGACAAGUGGAGACCCUCAACAGGACGGUGGGUGAGCGCGAGGCGGAGGCCAGAACUGCCCAGGAGGAGGUGACUCGUCUGAGGCAGGAGGUGCAGGAGAAGAGCAGUCAGGAGGAGGCGCUGCGUAACCAGAUGGCCGAGAAGGAGGAGCGCACCAAGAAGACCAUGAUCGCCGCACGCCAGAAGAUACGACAGGUCAUCGGUGAGAAGGAGAACCUGCAGAAGGAGAUGGAGGAGCUGCGAUCGCAGCGCGAGGAGCUGGAGGUGCGGGUGAGUGCGCUACGCUCCCAGUACGAGGGCCGCCUGUCUCGGCAGGAGAGGGAGCUGCGAGACCUGCGCGAGCAGCACGACCGCCACCAAGAGCCCCGGGAGGAGCCCGCCGAGCCUGGACCCAGCAAGGCCCCAGAGCAGCAGAGGAGCACUGAGCAGAGGCCCAAGACCCUGAAGCAAACCCCUGCAGCGGAACGUGGCAGUGCCAGCUCAUCGGAGCCCCCCACGGCCAACAUCAAGCCCACCCCAGUCGUGGCCACCCCCAGCAAGCCGGCCCCCAGCCAGGGCAACAAGGCCACGCCCCGCGCCAGCAUACGCCCCAUGAUCACACCCGCACCCGUGCCCACGCCCACCCCCACCGCCACAGUCAUGCCCACCACACAGGAGACCCAGGAGGCCCAGCAGUCGAGCGAGGGCCCGGUGGAGCACAUGUACGGCAGCACCAGCGGCACGGUGCGCUCCACCAGCCCCAACGUGCAGUCCUCCUCCUCCCACGCCAGCUCCAUGAUGGGCACGCCCCAGAGCCAGAGCCAGAACCAGAACCAGGCCACCGCCUUCGUGCAGCCCACCCAGCAGACUGCCCCCCAGACCAGCGAGCCGGCCAACCAGGAGCCGGCGCCCGCCCCCGUCAUGAUGGAGGCCACGCCCAGCUCCCAGGUGGAGAGGCCUUCUACCUCCACGGCAGUGUUUGGCACAGUUUCUGCGACGCAGGGCUCAUCCAUGGCCAAGCGCCUACGAGAGGAGGAGCAGGAGGGGACCAGUGCCGACACGGAGACCCCUGACGAACCCAACGAGGCCCCCACACCUAAGAAGCUACGCCUAGUACAGAGGGUCGGGCCUGAGGAGGAGGUGAUUGAGGACAGUACCGAGGCGGAGAGUGUUGUUCCUGGAGAGAUUCCAGAGCCUCCUGAUGCUUCCCAGGAGCUUGAGGACUACCCAGUGUUGGCGGAGGGGGAUGAGGAGGGAGGCACGUCCCAGUCUGUCCCCGUGGAGACGAGUCAGGACUCCGAGACUCCUCAGCAGGGUGUCAUCGUCAUCGUCAGCGACUCUGAGAGCGAGGCCGAGCAGGGAGAGAGCGAAGAGGAGGUGGAGGAAGAGGAAGAGGAGGAGGAAGAACAGCAGGACUACGAGGAAGAGGAGGAGGAGGAAGAAGAGGAGGACGAAGAUGAUGGAAGGAUGGGAGAAGAAGGAGAGGAGAGCAACGAGGGCAGCGGCAGUGCUGAAGGAAACGAGGCGUACGAGGGAGACGAGCAGGAGGGUGCGGAGGCGACUGAUCCAGGCACUGAGACGGAGGAGAGCAUGGGUGCAACAGACUCCACCCAGCAGCGCGUCGCAGACUCCCAGACGUGCAGUGUGGAACCCGAGCCUGCUCCUACUGUGGUGCCAACCCAGACCCUGACCCUGACCAUUACCCAGGGCAUGAGUCAGACCAUGGAGUCGUCCAGACCUGAGCCAGGCCCCAUCAGCAGCUCCACCACCCACACCACCACUGCUCCUCGCCUCCCGCAGUCGCCACGCCGACCUCCACACCCCCUGCCCCCUCGCCUCAACAUCCUGCCCCCGCCACCUGGUCCGGAGUUGGCCCCGCCCUCACUGACACAGCGCAUUCCGGUGCGGUUCCAUUCGUCAGGCCGCUCCAUGCCCCUCACACCAGGAGCCAACAGCGGCAGCAUGAUGUCGGAAGCGAUGCCAUUUGACAAUGAUGACCGCAUCGUGCCCAGCACGCCCAUCCUUGUGGUACCCACCCGCUCAGACAGCUUCACGGAGCCCCUACAGUCUCCUCAGGUGGCAACAGUCCCGCGUUUCCGCUUCGGCACAGAGGACAUGACCCAGUCCACAUCCUCCCACUCAGACCUGGGACAGCUGGCCUCCCAAGGAGGUCUGGGUAUGUAUGAGAGUCCGUUGUUCCUGGCGUCCCAGGAGGAGGAGUCAGGGGGCCGCAGCGUCCCCACCACGCCUCUACAGGUGGCAGCACCAGUGUCUGUCUUCUCUCAGGACGUGUCCAUCGAUAACUUCUCCAUGGACACGUCUGAGCCGGCCUCCCAGUCAGUUCCCCUGGUAACCACCUCCACGCCCAGCUUGAACACCCCGGGAGCCUCCACUGGCGGAGACGAGAGAGACGACAACCUCAUGGAACCAGAGGCCGAGGGGGUGAGUGUGGACGCCGGUGUGGAGUCCGUGUCCCAGACAGAGGCCGAGGACUCUGGACAGACAUCUGACGAGGCCAGCCUCCCCUCCACCAGUCAGGAGCCAUCCUCUAGCUCCGCAGACACUAGCAGCUCUCAGCCUACCAGAGGCAGAGGGCUUGGUGGUAGGCUGCAACGCUGGACACACACACAGAUGGGCAGUGGUCCCAAGAGAGGCAUGGGAUUCAGAGAUCGCUCUCUGAAAUAAGGCCAUUUCCCAUACAGUGUCACACCUUUAUCAUCCCCUGCAGCAACUAAAGCCCAGCAACUACAGUUCCACUCAACAUCACUAAGUUUUAUUUGCUUCAAGCCAGUUCAGCAGCUGUGUGGUGUGCUCUUGCUCUUGUUUUUCUCCUUUUCUAAAUCGUCAGAGGAUUGAUUAUUUUUAUUGUGCGCGUAAUUGUCAGCAGCAAUUGUGAUCAGUGAGAAAGUACAAAUAAAGUAUGAACAUUUUUUUACUGAA